GUAAUUCUGACUGAUUCUAGGACUGUAGCUUUUUAUUAUGAGCGUGGUGAUUUGAUUUUAAAUACUGCUGAAUUGGUGGAAUAAAAGACAAGAUUUACUUAAAAAGUACAUAUAAGAAAAUAACCGGUAUCCUAGAUGAUGGACUAUAGAAGAGAACGUGGGGAAAAUUUGCGCUAUGAAAGUAGCAGUCAAGGUCGCAAGCGCCCAAGGGAAGAGGAUAUUGCUCGUUCAGAGAAUACAAGUAUAAAAAGAAGUACGAUGUUGAACCUGAAGGAAGGCCCAGAAAUAUCAGCGGAAGAACGUGAACAGAUUUUGAAGAUGGUUGCGGAAAGCGAGCCAGAGGUUGAAGCAUUGGAUUCAAGUAUGUUGCGGAAGUUACUGGUCUCCUUUGAAAAAAAAGUGAAGAAAAACACAGAGAUGAGGAUAAAAUAUGUUGACAAUCCUGAGAAAUUUUUAGAAUCAGAGUUGGACUUACAUGAUGAAGUUCAAAAGCUCCACGUGAUUGCAACAGCCCCAGAACUUUAUAACAUACUCAUUCAACAAAACUCGAUGCAAACAAUUCUUGGUCUUCUAAGUCAUGAAAACUCUGAUAUUGGAAUAGCAGUUGCUGACCUGUUGCUCGAACUUACUGAUGUGGAUACUUUAAAUGAGAGCGAGGAAAGUUCGGAAGUAUUGCUGGAUGCUUUGCUCGAAGGUCAAAUUGUGGCAUUAUUGGUUCAAAACAUGGAAAGACUUGAUGAAAAUAUCAAAGAAGAAGCAGAUGGUAUCCACAAUACUCUUGGCAUCAUUGAAAAUCUUACAGAUUUAAAACCUGAAAUCUGUGCCACUGCUGGUGAACAGGGCUUAGUUGCAUGGUUGAUGAAGCGUCUAAGGAAAGCACCUGUUUACGACGCAAACAAGUUAUACAGUAGUGAAAUUUUGUCAAUACUUUUACAAAAUAAUCAAGAAAACCGACAAUUAUUGGGAGCUGUUAAUGGUAUUGAUGUUCUGCUUCAAUGUCUCUCGGCUUAUAAACCUCGUGAUCCCAGCACAGCGAACGAAAUUGAGUACAUGGAGAACUUGUUCAAUUGUUUGUGCAGUUCAUUGAUGGCCGUGGCGAACCGAGAACGCUUUCUCAAAGGGCAAGGCUUGCAGCUUAUGAUUCUUAUGUUGAGAGAAAAGAAACUGUCUAGACGAAGUGCAUUAAAAGUUCUUGAUUACGCUAUGCAAGGUGUCGAAGGUGCUGAUAACUGCACAAAAUUCAUUGAUGUUCUUGGCCUUAGAAGCCUUUUUGCUUUAUUCAUGAAGCCUCCAAAAAGCAACAAGAAAGUCGGCUCAAAAGAAGGCGAAUACGAAGAACACGUCAUGUCCAUAUUGGCAUCUCUUUUUCGAAAUCUGAGUGGAAGUCAACGAUCGAGAUUAGUUCAAAAAUUCGUCGAGGAAGAUCACAUUAAAGUAGACCGACUCAUUGAGUUGCAUUUUAAAUACUUCGAGUUGGUGCAGGAUUGCGAUAAUAAAAUUGAAAGACAAAAAAAUACGAUUUUGAGCCAAGGCGAUGAAAUAGACGAAACAACUGAAGAAGAUUUCUAUCUUCAAAGACUAGACGCCGGGUUGUUCAUACUUCAAUUAAUAGACACUGUUGUAGUCGAAUGUUGUAGUUCUGGUAACGCAGCCAUAAAAACACGCGUGCAAACAUUGUUGAACCAACAGGGCGGCAACAUGAAGGAUAUUCGUUCAAUUUUACGUGAAUAUGCUGCUAGCUUUGGAGACGAGAAAGGUAAAGAUCGCGAGGAGCUGGAAAAAAGACGCAUUCUCUCUUUAGUUGAUCGAUUUUGAAAUUUUGUUUUUACUGGAAUUUGGAAUUGUGCAAGAGCAAAGACGAUGAGCUUUUAUCUUUGAAGGAUAAACUUUUUCCAUGGAACAUUCAUUCUUUAUGGAACAUUGCAUUCCAAAAUGUAAAUAAUCUUUAGAAAAUAACUUAAUGUACCGGAUGUGUGUUUGUUUUACGCAUAAAUUAUAACUAUAUAUAAUUGAA